AUGUUUGUUUUCCGUGUUGACACUGAGAUAUGUUUAUCUCUUUCUAUUGAUUGGUCUUUUCUAACUCGUCUCUUUUCCCGUCUCUUUCUCCUUUUCAUCUCUAUUUUUCUUCUAUUUCUUUUCUUCUUUGAUCUUUUCUCUAUUUCUUCUCUCCCUCCUCGUUCCUCUUCUAUUCCCAUCUCUCUUCUAUCUUUUUCUGCUUCCAUCACUUCUCCCAUCGAUGUUACGUGUUAUUUUAUCUCAAUCUCUUUUCUCUUCUACAUCUACUUUCUUCUUCCUCCUCUCUCCCAGCCUCUUCCUCCUCUCUCUCUCGGCUCAUUUUAUAGCCUCUUCCUUUUCUCUCUCGGCUCAUUUUAUAGCCUCUUCCCUCUCUUUUCCAGCUCAUUCUUUAGCCUCUCCUCUCUCUCAGCUUAUUCUUUAGUCUCUUCUUUCUUCUCCUCUCUCUAUUUCUUAUCUUUUCUAUCUCUUUCUUCUCUUGCAUAUCUCUCUUAA